AGUUUCCUCCGUCAUCAAACAUGGCCGAACAACCACUCAUCCUUCCCACACAAAACGACAAGAAGAAAGCCAUUGACGUAACUUCGCAGUAGCGGAGAAAAGAGAGCAGCAAGAAGGAAAAGGUCAUUUCGGUUCUGAUCCGAUCCAAAAAGAAGAUGCGGUUCCUGGCUAUCCUACCAACCAUUCUAUUUCUGCUUUCAUCAAUCUCAAUACCCCUCUCUUCGUCUUCGUCACCGCCACAAUUCUCGGUCGAUGGGAAAGUUCUCGAGCUCACCGAAUCCAACCUCGACUCUGCGAUUGCCUCCUUCGACUACAUCUUUGUUGAUUUCUACGCCCCCUGGUGCGGCCACUGCAAGCGCCUUGCCCCCGAGUUAGAUGCAGCUGCCCCUGUUCUUGCUGGAUUGAAACAGCCCAUAGUGCUAGCAAAAGUAAAUGCGGAUAGAUUCACUCGCCUUACAAGUAAAUAUGAAAUCGAUGGAUUUCCUACUCUUAAGCUUUUCAUGCAUGGUGUUCCCAUGGACUAUUACGGACCCAGGAAAGCAGAGCUACUUGUGCGGUAUCUGAAGAAAUUUGUUGCUCCUGAUGUCUCUUCCCUGACUUCCGAUGCUGCUAUCAAUGAUUUUGUUGAAACAGCUGGGACUUCUUUCCCAAUAUUUAUUGGUUUUGGACUGGAUGAGUCAGUAAUAUCAAAGUUAGGAGCAAAAUAUAAGAAAAAGGCAUGGUUUGCUGUGGCAAAGGAUUACUCUGAAGAUAUCAUGGUAUUGUAUGAUUUUGACAAGGUACCUGCUGUGGUAGUUCAUCAUCCAAGUUAUGAUGAAAAGAGUGUUUUCUAUGGCCCUUUUGAUGAUGAUUUUUUGGAGGAUUUCGUAAAACAGAAUUUGAUUCCUUCAGCUGUGCCCAUAAAUCGUGAAACAUUGAAGGCACUGAAAGAUGAUGAGAGGAAAAUUGUCUUGACGAUAAUGGGGAAUGAGACUGAAGAAAAAUCAAAGGAUUUGAUCAAAUUAUUGAGAGCUGCUGCAUCUGCAAAUCGCGACCUGGUAUUUGCCUAUGUUGGGAUCACACAAUGGGAGGAGUUUGCUGAUUCAUUCAGGGCCAGCAAGGGCACCAAACUACCAAAGAUGGUUGUUUGGGAUGGAGAUGAGGGAUACCUUUCAGUUAUCGGCUCAGAAAGCAUCGACGAGGAUGAUCAGGGUUCUCAAAUCUCACGAUUCCUAGAAGGAUAUAGAGAAGGAAGAACAGAGCAAAAAAGAAUUAAAGGUCCAUCCCUGUUGGGCUACAUCAAUUCUCUAAUUGGUGUGAGAAGUAUUUACAUAAUUAUGUUUUUGCUUGCAAUGUUAAUGCUUAUCCGAAGCAUUGGUGAAGAACCACCACUCAGGGUUGGCACUCGAAGACAAGCUGCUCAUACCACAACCUCUGAGGCCGAAAGUAGCGAUGAAACAUCUGGAGACAAGGAAGACUAAAGUGAGGCUUCUGCCUGGGAAUAUCUAAUAAUGUCAGGAUACAUUUUGAAUUUGACAGGGCUGUCAGUUGUCUGAAGCAGCUAUUCUCUUUGGAGAAUUAUUGUUAUUCCCAAGCUUAACCGGCCCUUUUAUUUUAUUUUGACGAACCAACUUUUUAUUAGUAUUUUCGUAUCUAUAGUUAAGAAACCCAUUGUUUAGAGGAGUAAGACGCCAAAUUUUGCUUGAUAAUACGAACGAGAUGUUACUUAAAAUUAUCAUUACUUCAGAUUUUUAUGUUAUGUAAUCUUUUUGUAUUUCUUAAAAAUA